GAUUGCGGCGCCCAAGAUGGCAGCGCCCAGGGCACGGGCAGCAGCCCUGACGACUCAGGCACCGGCGCGGAGGAGGAGGUGCUGAACUGUCCGACGGCGACCUAGUGCUUUCCUGGGCCCGUCCCUCCGCUGGAGCCUCUGACUCCUCCCCGGUCCCCGGUCCCGCGAGCGCCUGAGCCAUGACCUUGCGGGAGAUGCUGCGCCUGCCCCGCCGCCCCGGAGCCCCCAGCGCCCUGUGGCGGACGCUGCUGCGGCCGCCCCCCGCGCCCCGGCGAAGCCUCUUCUCGGGAUCCCCGACCCACUGGAACCAGGUGGUGUCGGAGGCGGAGAAGAUCGUGGGCUACCCGACCUCGUUCAUGAGCCUCCGUUGCCUCUUGAGCGACGAACUCAGUAACGUCGCCAUUCAGGUGCGCAAGCUAGUGGGGACGCGGCAUCCGCUGCUCAACACGGCCAGGGGGCUUGUACAUGACAGUCGAAAUAACCUCCAGAUGCGUGGCCUGGUGGUAUUACUUAUUUCCAAAGCUGCUGGACCCAGUAACACUGCAGCAUUUUCUCUCAAGCAUGACAUGGUCAGUGGAAUUUAUCCCAGUCAAAGAAGUCUGGCAGAGAUCACAGAACUCAUCCAUACCGCUUUCCUUGUGCAUCGUUGGGAUAGUAAAUUAAGUGAAUUGAAUUCUUCUGAUGGUCCACUGAAAGACAUGCAGUUCGGAAAUAAAAUAGCCAUCCUGAGUGGAGACUUCCUUCUGGCAAAUGCCUGCACUGGACUAGCCCAGUUGCAGAACACUAAGGUCGUGGAACUCGUAUCAAGUGCUCUUAUUGACUUAGUACAAGGGAUAUACUGUGAAAACUCUACGUCAGCAGAGGAAAACUGUAUCACAGAUGAUAUCGGAAUAUCGACUUGGAAGGAGCAGAUUUUUUCCUCCCAUAGUGCCUUGCUAGCAAAAAGCUGCCAAGCUGCAAUGGAAUUAGCAAAGCAUGAUACUGAAGUCCAGGAUAUGGCAUUUCAGUAUGGAAAGCACAUGUCUAUGAGUCAUAAGAUAAACUCUGACCUCCAGCCUUUUAUCAGAGGGAAGUGCGGUGACUCCAUAGCUUUCAAUUUAAAUUCAGCUCCUGUAGUCUUACAUCAGGAGUUUCUUGGAAGAGAAAUGUGGAUUAAGCAGAUCAGAGAGGCUCAAGAAAAAGGGAGCUUAAACUAUUCAAAGUUGCAAGAAGCAAUCCUGGCUGGCAAAGGUGUGACUUCAGCUAUUGACCUAUGUCGUUACCAUGGAAACAAAGCCCUGGAAGCCCUGGAGUGCUUUCCUCCCUCUGAGGCCAGAUCUGCUUUAGAAAACAUUGUGUACGCUGUCACCAGGUUUCCUUGACAUGGAAUUUUAAAAGAGACUAUUGUUCAUCGGCUGAAAAUAACAGGGAAGAUGGGGGGAGAGGUCUCCACUGUGAACCAUCUAAAUGUGGCAGUGGUUUAAUUUUUUUUUUCAUUUACCACAUAACUGAAUGAGCUUUGCCUUCUUUUUUGGAGCUGCUACAAACAAAAUUAGGAGGAGAAGAAGAAGAGGGAAAAAAAAGGUCAAACAGUUUUCACUUGGCAUGCCAGAAGCACACUUGAGGCAGCUCUAGCAGAAAUAAUUAAUGAGCUUCGCUCCUGUGACCUCAGCAAAUGGACAGGAAAUAAGUCCGUAUUGAUUGGACCGAGCUAGGGAUGGCGCCAGGGUGAUGGCCUGUGGUUUCCCUGCACUAAAAAGGACAGAGGGGGGCAGGCAGGCAACUGCAGGUGUCAUGAGCAACCCUUUUUGAGCAGGCCUGAACAGAAGAGUGUGUGAAGUCAAGAAUUAAUGUACCAAUUUGUCAUCGUGAAGGGAAGUCCAAUGAAUUAAGAAGGAACACCCUUUCUCUGUAUCCCUGCAAUUAUGUCUCCUCUUGGUUUUAUGUAUUCAAAUAUGAAAAUACUUUGUGCCUCAUGUUUUUAAUAUUUGCUAAAUGUACUGAGAAAAUGUGUCAAGUGUCCCAGGUAGGGAAUUUUUAAGUGCUAUCUGAUACUCACUUGGUUCUUAUAGAAGAAGGAAUUGCCCCCUUUCUCUCUAUCUCUCUCUCUCUCUCUCUCUCUCUCUCUCUCUCUCUCUCCUGAAGAUUAAAUUUUUAACCACAAUUUCAGAGAACCAAACUUUUUCUCCUUGAUCAAAGUUAUCUUAUCUAACAGGGAUACAUCCUUUCUUCUUGGCUGGCAAGAGAAUUGUCUUUCAAAUGAAAUAUAUAAAUUAGUGAUAUUUGGGAUUGAGGAAUACUCUUUUAUUUGUACAAAUUUCCCAUGGUUUAAUUGUAGUACCAGGAAGUUUGUUGGAGGGGAUUUUGUUUAACCUCACUAUGUUGAAUUUGAAAGUCUUGAACCACAGACAUCCAAUUACAGAAAGAAUAUAAGGAAUAUCACAACCCAGCAACUUGACACUGUCUCUGUUUUGUUCAUAGGAGAUGAUUUUUGUGGUUUGCAUGCAUGCAAUAUGAGAACAUCGUUGACAAGAAGGCUGAGUUUACAUAAAUGAUCUAGAUUGAGACUCAGCUACCUUUCUUCCUUAUGUGGUGUAAUUACAGCCCAAUCUGGAGACAGCUAACACAGCAAACAGAUUUCAUUACAUCCUUCACUCCAACUCUGAGUGGAGUUAUUUCUGUUAAACUCUUCACCCCCCCCCCCAAAAAAAAAAAGUCAUAGAGUUUCUUUAUCAGGGACCAAACGGGUAGCAUACAUCUGAAUAAAAGAUAUAAAACUCUAUAUGUUAAAUCACUGUGUUGUUAAAAAAAUAUUUAAAAUGUACUUGAAACAUCAUUGUAAUUGUUCGGUUUUGUGCAAGUAUGGUUUGAAUGUGUUAUAGGGCUGUUGAUUAGUAGACCAUUUUAUUUUUCUGUUUAAAUUACUUUUCUCACUGAUGUUGGCUUAAUUAGUAACUGUAGUUAAGAUGUAUUCCAUCAAGGUUUUUUCUUUAAUCAUUAACUUCUGGAAAUGCUUUGUCUUCCUCAGAUGGGGGCCUAAAUGUCCUUUAACUCCUAUUAAGAAAAUGAAUGAUGAUGUUUACAUUUUGUAGAGUAAAAAUGUCCUGUCUCCUAGUGCCUAGAGAAAAAAAUAAAAUCAAAUAAGAAAUUUGAAAAGUAGAUCUAUGAUAAUACCAUGUUGAAUUUGGAGUCAGAAGACCUAGGUUCAAAUUCUGCCGCAUAUUAUCUAUAUAAAUAUUGGACAAGUCAUUUACUCUCUUUG